AUGACACAUGUCAAAGAUGAUAAGAACACCCCGAGCCACCAGGGUGGAUGGUUCGCACAGCGGGAAAAACAGAGAUUGGCCAACAAAGAAUUCUUCACCAAUCUACUGUCUUCCGCGGCGACAAAAAGAGAUGCUAAAGCUUACAUCUCUCGCCUUAAGGCUCCUUCCAAGCCUCAACCUCCAUUAACACCAACGGCAUCCCCUGCCACACCGCUGAGAGCUUCCAAGCCGCAGACUCAGGUCAACCUUGGUGAUCUAUUCACCCGUGGGCGAGCGGUAGAAGCAAGCCCUAUCUUCACUCAAGACUGGAAUGCCUUAGACCAAGGUAUUGAGGAACAAGAGACGCUACAUGUGGCAUUGGUCAAGUUGAACGGUGUUAGCGCUAUGUCUGAGAGCAUUUUGGAUGGGAUUGCAAAGACUCUAGCUUCUUUGUCGCGUUUGAGCAUGGCGCCAUGUGUUGUGCUGGAGGAGGAUCACCAAUCAAAAGAUAAGGCCUACAGAGAAACCCUCCAAAUGGCUGCAGACCGUUUGGUCGCAGCUAUUGACAACGCAGGCGAGUCCGGAGCCAGGCGAGUCGAUAAUGCUCUCAGCCUUGCGGCUGAUGGACGUCCAGGAGUUUUCAUGCGAAAACUCCUUACUCGCCCUUUACGUAGAGGUAGGGUUCCUAUAGUCUUACCUGUGGCCUAUUCCGAACAGCAGCAAAGCGCCGUUCAAAUCACUGCCAACGAAGCUCUGCUAGCUUUGACAAGAGAGCUCUCCAGGGGAGCUGUCAAAACUCGACCAGAUGAGCACCCUGAAAAUCAGCCUCAGGGCUUACGUUCUACUUGGAAGCCGAUCUCCCUGGACAGAAUCAUUGUUGUUGAUGAGACUGGGUGUAUUCCCAGCCCAAAAUCGAUGGACCAGAAACAUGUGUUUGUCAAUCUUGCGCAAGAAUACUCAGCUCUGCAGGAAGAACUCAGAAGCUCCACAGGUGGUAAUGUCUCGCUGAAGCAUGCCACUAAUUUGAAAAUGUUUCGCGAUGCACUUCAACUGUUGCCACACUCUUCGUCGGGAUUAUUGACCACCCCAUCGGCGGCUGCUAAUACUAGCAAGCAAGCUGAUGCAGAACUGGCAGGUGUCGGAACCCGACGGCAAAAGAACCCACUCAUUCAUAACUUGCUAACAGACAAGCCUGCCUAUUCUUCCUCGCUGCCUAGCGGGCGUUUGGCGCACGAUCAAUUUUCAUCUGCGACAACGUCUACUUUUGUAAAACGAGGCAUGCCACUCAUUCUGUUGCCUAAUCCGGACGCUCAAACCUGGACGGCUGCGAGUACACCGCGAUUGAAGCUGACAGACCCGAGGAUCGACCUCGACCGCCUUGUCCACUUAAUUGACGACUCUUUCAAUAGAACGCUUGAUGUCGAAGCAUACCUGAACCGGGUGAACGAUCACAUCGCCGGCGUUAUUAUCGCCGGCGACUACGAAGGGGGAGCUAUUCUGACCUGGGAGACUCCAUCCCUCCCGAACAUCUCAGACCGCGACACCGCACGCCUCGUCCCGUACCUCGACAAAUUCGCAGUUCUGAAGAAAAGCCAAGGCGCGGGCGGCGUGGCAGACAUCGUUUUCAACGCCAUGGUGAGAACCUGCUUCCCCAACGGCGUCUGCUGGCGCAGCAGGCAAGACAACCCUGUAAACAAAUGGUACUUCGAACGCUCCAGGGGCACUUGGAAAAUCCCAAACACGAAUUGGACUAUGUUCUGGACAACGCCGGAUCUGCUUAACGGUGAGAAAAGAAAGGUCUUUCUUGACUAUGAGAGUGUUUGUCGCACGGUCAUGCCGACGUGGGCAGACGGGAAAAAGGUCGUAGACUAA